CCUCUCGUGCGUCGCCGCGUCGCUGCGCUUUGACUUCAUCAGAGUGCGCCGGAAGUGUUGGGCUGCCGCCGGGAUGGAGAAGAUGAUCUACAGCAAACUGCCUCCGCUGGCCACCCAGCACCUGGGCAUCCAGCCUCAAGGAUCAAAGCAGGCUGAAGCUUUCGUAAAAGCCUUUCUGAAGCGUAGUAUGCCAAAAAUGAAAGAUGAAGCUAUCCAGGAUAAAUUAACUCGAAAAGCUGUAGUUCUUCGGCAUUAUCGGAGAAGAAAGAAGAAGGAGAAAAGAAACAAAACAAAGGGGUUUUCUGCCAAGCAGAGAAGAGAAAUGCGGCUCUUUGAAAUUAAACCAGAACAACAGAAGUAUGAGUUAUUUCUUCCGUUACAUGAGCUGUGGAAACAAUACAUCCGGGACCUGUGCAACGGACUCAGACCAGAGGCGCAACCACAGAUGAUUCAGACCAAACUGCUAAAAGCUGAUCUUCAUGGAGCUAUUGUUACAGUGACAAAAUCAAAAUGCCCCUCUUAUGUUGGGGUUACAGGAAUCAUUCUACAGGAAAUGAAACACAUUUUCAAAAUUAUCACUAAAGAGGACAAAUUAAAGAUUAUUCCCAAGUUUAAUAAUGUAUUUAGCAUAGAGAUUGAUGGCUUUAUUUCCUACAUCUAUGGAAGUAAGUUUCAGCUUAGAGCAAGCGAACGAUCAGCAAAAAAGUUCAAAGUAAAAGGAACUAUCGACUUGUGAUUGUAUAAAGAAAAUUCAGAAGUGGUUGAAGAAGUUACUGUUUCUUUUUAAGUGAUGGAAAGGUGAUUGGGCGUUCACAUGUGAAAUGAAAAUUAAGCUAAAACUCAGACUGUAUGCAACUCUUUUCUGAAGUAUUUCUUCAUAUUGAGGAAUGGAUUAAACAUACAACUGAUUUGUGUGUUCACUGAGGAUUUGGGGAGAUGACCUCAUUACUUUGGCUUCAUUGCUUUGGUCUUUUUAUAAUAAAUUAAUCUUGG